CUUCAGCAGGUCUCCUUUCCAUUCUUAUUUACUUUGGUCCUCCUUUCCAAUCAACACGAUUCUGCUAGGCACUAAAUCCUCACGGGGCAGCCAAAACUCCAAUGAGGGGCUUAUCGAUAUCGGAGGGGACCGAUAGGUGCACCAAUAAUGCAUUCUCUAUUACUCGAUGAGAACUAAAACCUUUCUUUUGUUUUCCCCCUUAAAGGCGAGGAUUCCAUCGAGGUAGUUUGGACCUCAGACCACUUCCUAUACAUCUCAAAAUGUCUUUCGAAUCUGAAUAUAAGCUUGACAAUGUUGCUGCCACGCCGGUUGCGGCAGACAAAAUCGAUGCAACUUUUCGUUCUUCUACUAUAGACUUGAUAUCCGCAGCAUUGGGAGGAAAGGUCCUCUCUUUCUCCGAUGAAUGGUUUGCAGAAGCUUCCAACCUCCUCACUCCAGCCGCUCCCAUCAGACAACCAGGCAAAAUGGUCUUCUCAGGAGCUUGGUAUGAUGGAUGGGAGACUCGUCGACACAACACUACCCCCUUCGACUAUGUUGUCAUUCGACUUGGGGUUGCCUCAGGAAUUAUUGAGGGUAUCGAGGUUGACACUACUUUCUUCUCCGGAAAUCACGCUCCAGCCAUCUCUGUGGAAGGAGUCUUCAGUUCCAAUGACGAGGAAGUUAUCGGCUGGAAAGGAGGACGAGGAAAUUGGGAACCGAUCCUAGGCAUUCAAGAAUGUGGCCCUUCUCAACGGUUCGGGUGGAAGCUGGCAUUUCCUACCAAGAAGGCGUACACCCACGUCCGGCUGAACAUGUACCCUGAUGGAGGAAUUGCAAGGUUCAGAUUGUUCGGCCACGCAAUCCCUGUCUUUCCAGAGGAUAAAGACGCCGUCUUCGACCUUGCUGCGGCUCAGAAUGGAGGAGUGGCUAUUUCGUGUAGUGACCAACACUUUGGUGUCAUUGCAAACUUGAUUCUGCCUGGCAGAGGAAAAGAUAUGGGAGAUGGAUGGGAGACUUCGAGAUCAAGAGGAAAGGAUCAUGUUGAUUGGGCUAUUAUUCGUCUAGGAGCAAAAGGUACAAUUCAGAUUCUGAUCGUCGACACCGCCUUCUUCCGAGCCAUCGAUCGGAGUGGAGAGGGUGAGCCCGGAGCAUUAGCUGAUGGGUGGACUGAGAUUGUUGAACCGAGCAAAUGUGGUCCGGACAAAGAACAUGAAUUUGACUCGCUAGUGAAGGACAAGCCAUUCACACAUGUCAAAUUGACUAUGAUACCAGAUGGAGGAGUCAAGAGGAUCCGGGUCCUUGGGAAAAGGAGCUUGGAGUUACCAGACGAUCUGCCAAAGUCCCUGGACGACCGGAGGAAUGUCCCAUCUCAUUAUACGGCUGAGACUGAGAUGUAUGAUGCCUGGCAAGGCCAAUCUCAAUUCUUGACCUCCCCGGUGCUAGCCAAACCCCUCCAGUUCAAUAAUCUUUCGUUAGACAACAACGAGUAUGACGAUGAUCUUGCAACCCAGAAGAUUGGGGAUAGUGACACGAGGUUGAUGGAGAUGCUUGCUGCGCAGGCAGCUCAUCGGGAUGGCUCGGUUCACGGGGACGAAGACGCAGUUGCUUCAAAUGACAAACUAUCAGAGGAAGAGAAGAAAGAUAUUCUGCAGAAAGCUCUAAAUAUGGCCGCAAGUAAUGGAGAUGUGGAGAGGAUAGAGCGGAUCUUGAAAGGGAAAGCAAAAGAUUUUGUUGAUGUUGAUGCGCCCGACGAGGAGGGGACAACUCCUUUGAUCUACGCAAGUUGCUUUGGUCACGAAACUGUGGUAGCGGCUCUCCUUGAUGCUGGAGCGAAAGUCGACAACCAGGAUAGGAAUCGAUGGAGCGCGCUCAUGUGGGCCAUGACAAACAGACACAAGGGGAUCGCAAAGGCAUUGCUGGACCAUGGUGCUUCUCCCGAAGUCAAGUCAUCUUCUGGGAGGACGGCAUUCGAUUUCGCAGCCCCUGAUAGCGAAAUAUCAGGCUAUCUACAUGAUAGUGGGUACCAUAUUGGAAGUGUUGGUGUUACGGAUGAUUUCUACAAUCCAGGAUUCUCUCAAGACCGUUUUGAGGAGGAAAUGGCCGAAAACGAGUUGAGGAGACGUAUGAUGAUGGAGAGUGCUCGAGAUUUGGAGGUUGAUUUGGGAAAUGUGGGCAUUGACGAUCAACCCGAAUCGCCUGAUGAACUAGAAGAAGAAGCUCAAGAAUUUGACUGGAGUCGAUGUCUGCACGACCAGAUGUUUGUAUUCCAAGAAAGCGAACUGGGCCGGAUUCUCGACAUUAUCAUUACAAACAUGACGCCUCAGCGGUCGCCAUCCCAGAAACCUGUCCCUGCCAACAUGAUUUUUCUCAGCGCACGAUAUGCCCACUAUCAUGCGAAUCAAGAUCUGUUGGCAAAGCUUUUACUCACAGCAAUGGACAAGAUCAAUGAUGUCGUUGAGACUCACCAGUGGGACAUGACAAUCUUAGCCUUUUGGAUCUCCAAUGCUACGUUGUUGUUGCAUUAUUUGAAGAAAGAUGCUGGGCUAGGGGGAUCCACCAGCGAGUUUCAGCUCCAACUUGCCGAACUUAUCAACGAGAUUUUCAUCCUGAUCAUCCGGGACGCCGAGAGGAGAAUGGACAAAGUCCUAGAUUCAGCUAUGUUGGAUCACGAGACUAUUCCGGGGUUCGAGGAUAUCACCUUUCAGAACGAAUGGAAGAUCUUCAAACGGAAGGCUCAUGUAAAAGAGGAACCGGCAGAGAGAAGGUUCCGACCUCCAUCUCCUAAAGCAAGGGCCAAGCCAUCACCACGAAACGUCACCUCCCUACUCUCGUCAACACUGUUUGUGUUGGAUUUAUAUGAUAUACACUCUGUUAUCACAGCCCAAAUUUUGGCUCAAUUACUAUACUGGCUCGGAGCGGAACUUUUCAACCGCAUCAUGUCCAACCGGAAAUAUCUUGCAAGGACCAAGGCUAUGCAAAUUAGAAUGAACAUUUCCAGCCUCGAAGACUGGGCCAGAACAAACAAUCGGCAGCCGGAGCAUUACGAGCAUGGUUCCAUGACUUCGACGGGCGAGAUGACAAUUGACGCAGCAAGACGGCAUCUUGCACCUGUCAUCCAACUGCUACAAUGGCUUCAGUGCUUCUCGUCUCUUGGCGCUGAUGAUCUAGAAGCUCUCGUUGGCACCUUACAGCAGCUUACGCGGCUCACGCCCCAGCAGUUGAUACACUCUGUGAAACAUUACCGACCGGAAGUCGGAGAAAAGGGGCUUCCGAAGAGUGCCAUGAAGUACCUGAUCAACCUCCAAAGAGAGGCACAGUUACGAAAGGAACGCCAGCGUACGGAGCGAAGGCAAUCGGGGAUACCCACUACGCCAACCAAGCAGGGUACAAAUGGAAAGGCUCCAGACACUCCUGAUUCGAAUGGAAAGCCAAUUGCGCCAAAUACUAUGAAACCCCUACCUCCCGACGCGAUGCUUGGGGAGGAAGACGAUGCUCCUGAACAUCUGCUGCUCGAUCCAGCUCUUAUGCUGCCGUUCUCUUUGCCAACGAGUACAGACAUGCUCGUGAGUUAUGGGGCAGGGUUUGGUGGUUUGAACCGCGAGCGAGAGAGGAAGUACAUACCCACCGUUCCCCCGGAGUUCCUGGCCAAGCUUGACCUGAGCGGCGGUCGAGCACAAUCUACAUAUGAAGAAAAGGAUUGGGAGAAUGAAGAUGUCUAAGAUAAGACAUGGUUAAGUGAGACCAGGUAUCGGCCCGCACAAGAAAGCAAGCAUAUGGAAGCAUGGCGUGGCGUUCUAGGGGCGUCCCAGAUUAGUCGGUGUCAAUCUUAUCAUUGGACCCCUCAUCAGAAGAUUUUAAUAUUUGCUUGUCGAACGAACUACAUGAUUUGAACUGCC